AACUGCAUGACCUUAAUCACAAUUUUUAUCAUUUACGCAGUCGACAUGUAAUUGCAAGUCAAACAAUUUGUACAACCAUAACACAACACACUUUGAAAGAAGGUAUCCAAUAGUGCUCAAUGGCUAGACAAAAAAAUGACCUGCUCGAACGCGCCCGCUCUCUCAUUUUUGCCUGUCAGCAAAACAUUGUUGAACGAUUGAGUUUAUGCAACGUGUUUACCUCGGCGUGCUUGUGAAACACUACACAUUGUAAAAAUGCUCAUCAGUGAAUUCUUCAUUAUGGUAAAUCAACCAACGUUAUUGUCAACGCAACUUUUUUACAAGGACAGGGUUGUAGAAGUGACUCUGAACCGCGUUAUGUUGGGAUUUUGGAAGGAGAUUGAGACGAGGAGAAAACGCUCUGCGAGCUUCAAUUGUAUUUCUAAAGAUGCAGACCACCAUUUUCUCCUGGUGUCUGAGAUAGUUGGUGCCAGAGAGACCAAAGAAGAAGAAGACCAAACAAACAAAGAUGGUGGAAGGAAGCAUAGAGUUCUGUUGUAUCCGUAUGCAUUUACAGUGUCCUACACGGAGAGGACCAAACAUCACUGCUGGCGGUAUAAAGACAUCAUCUUCCAUUGCUUAGACGAGGCACAGCGUCAACAGUGGGUCCAGACAAUCAACAACCAGCUCUCACUACUCAGCAUCCGACCGAAACGCUUGCUAGUGUACAUCAAUCCCUACAGUGGGAAACAACGCGGGAAGUGGAUUUACGAGCAGAGAGUAGCCCCACUCUUCUCUCGAGCCUCCAUCUCCACCGACGUGAUCGUUACGGAGAGUGCCAAUCAUGCCAGGGAUCACUUGAAGACGGAGGUAGAUCUGAAGCAAUAUGACGGGGUGGUGUGCGUGGGAGGGGACGGGAUGUUCAGCGAGGUUGUCCACGGCCUGGUCUCUAGGACCCAGAGUGAUUCCAGAGUGGACCAGAACCAACCGAACCAGGACCUGGUUCCAUGUGCGCUCCGCAUCGGAAUCAUCCCUGCAGGUUCGACUGACUGUAUCUGCUAUUCUACCACAGGCACCAACGAUCCAGUGACUUCAGCCCUGCACAUCAUCAUGGGUGACUCCCAGCCCAUGGAUGUGUGUUCUGUCCAUCACAACAACACCUUCCUCAGGUACUCCGUCUCGCUGCUCGGAUACGGUUUCUACGGCGACGUGCUGACAGACAGCGAGAGGAAGCGCUGGAUGGGGCCUUCCAGAUACGACUUCUCAGGCCUAAAGACGUUCCUGACCCAUCAGUAUUAUGAAGGGACCGUCGCUUUCCUGCCCGCUGAGGACAACCUGGGGAACCCUAGAGACAAGAUCAAGUGCAUGACUGGGUGCCAUAUCUGUGAGCAGGGUGCCAACAAUGGGCAGCUCCUCUCAUUGGACCAUGUCGACAAGAUGGCUGAAGAGAACUCUGACAAGGAGACCAGUGGUGAUGGUGUAUGGCGGGUGAUCCGGGGGAAGUUCCUAGCAAUCAACGCUGCCAGUAUGAGCUGUGCCUGUCCUCGCAGCCCUAGAGGCUUGUCGCCCUAUGCCCACCUGGCUGACGGCACCACAGACCUCAUCCUGGUACGCAAGGCCUCCCGCCUCGACUUCCUCCGACACCUCAUGCGACACACCAACAAGGACGACCAGUUUGACAUGUCCUUUGUGGAGGUGCACCGUGUGCGGCGGUUCCGUUUUGUUCCAAAGCAAAGCAACGGGAUCUCAGAGGUGGACCUGAGUGAGACCAGUGGGAAGAAGAUCUGUAACCAGGUCUGUACGGCCCAUCCCAACAACGACACGGGCCAUAGCAACUGGAACUGUGAUGGGGAGAUCUUGCCUCAUGCGGAUAUACAAGUGAGUGUUCACUGCCAGCUGAUCAGACUAUUUGCCCGAGGUGUCGAGAGGAGGACCACGUUUGACACUUACACAUGGUCUGUAAUAGAGGGAUCAAGUCUCUCGUGGCAAGCUUAGGGGGACCAACUGUCCCGAAUUGUGCUAGAAAGUCCUGCAUUUGGACCCUUUAUCCCUCCAUCCUGCAACCACACAUGCAAGUCCUGCAUUUUUUUAAAUGUUUAUUUAUAACUUUCUUUUCUUUUUUUAAAGUCAGUUGGUCACGUAUUUCAAACUUCCCACUUAUUCGAGGAGAACUGCCAUCAGCUUGCGCUUUUGACAAGACAUAUAGGCGCUUUCCCUUCCCAGUCAAGUCUCUUUCCUGACUCAUCUCCCCACCUGAGCUUAAGCGAGUAUCUGCCGCAAUUACACCAGAUUGCAGUACAGGUUUCCGAGAAUAUGGAGACCCAUAAUGAGAUGAACGAAAAGGAGGAAUCUGUUCUAUGUACCUCCAAUCAAAGUAUGCGACUGAUAUUCUGUGUGGGCAUCCAAAGACAAUGCGAUGGGAAGUGGAAAUCACCAAGCUAGACUGUCGGUAAUGCCUCACUGCUUCUGCGUAUCGCUGUGAUACAAUGUGAGGGCAGAGAAUCUCCAGGGCAAUCAGAGGUCCCUAAGUGAUUUUGCUUUCCCAGGAAGUUUCGCACCUGUGGCACAGAGCUACAGUUUGUCUAUUUUGAAGUUAUUUAGUUAAGACUAGUAGCCCCUCUCACUAGUGGGGGGCGGGGGGCUGCUGCCAGUGGGUUGUCCUCUGUGUGUAGGGUAAUGUCUUUGUGAGAGUGCCAUCAUAAUGAGUUAGCUCCGUUACAAUUAUACACCAGACUGCCAUCAGACAGAUGCUGCUUCCUGCAGCCAAAACAUCAGCCAACUCUAGGACACACACACACACACACUCCAUGCACGCACACACAUCUAUCAUAUGCCACUGUGAAACCACACACAGACCUAAACUCUCAACACUGUGGGAGGCUCGGCCUGUUCUUUUGGAAGCCUCUCCACGAUCAUUACUGGUUGCUGCGAAAGGCCAUGAUUAUAUUUCAACUCUGAGCUGUGAGUGAAUCAGGUCGUGCUUAUAAUCUUUCCUGUGGGUGAACGGUCUAUGUGGCUGUCCCGUUCUGAUGAACUGGCUGAUGUUUCUUUGCUGUACAAUGGAUAAAUCUGUGUGGAACCAAACGGUGUCAGCCCCACGCUGACUCGCUAAGCCAGCUGACGUGGGGGGGACGUUUUGACAAACACAUGAGUUCUGCUGAAGGCUUUAUAAUGACCGAAUAUUUAUGUAAACUAUUCAUCUUGCGGGUCUCAAGAUGACAUGACACACUGUGUGUAACUAACCUGUGAUGUGGAUUAUGAUUUGAUAAAGAUUGAAUAUGUAUGAAUGUUUGGAUACAGCUUCAUUAAAGUGCUUUUAAACUAAUAAGUGUGUGAAAAAUGUGUAUUUUUCUAGAAAUGGUCGGAGGGCAUUUUGAAGGUUGUGACUUUGGUGUCAAGUGCAAAUUGU